AUGAACUGCAUGUCAGAUUUCUUCACCUACGAGACCACCAAGUCUGUGGUUGUGAAGAGCUGGACCAUUGGGAUCAUCAACCGGGCGGUCCAACUUCUCAUCAUCUCCUACUUUGUGGGGUGGGUUUUCCUGCACGAGAAGGCGUACCAGGUUCGGGACACGUCCAUUGAGUCCUCGGUGGUAACCAAGGUGAAGGGCUUCGGACGCUACGCCAACAGAGUCAUGGAUGUGUCUGACUAUGUGACACCACCCCAGGGCACCUCCGUCUUUGUCAUCAUCACCAAGAUGAUCGUCACGGAAAACCAGAUGCAAGGGUUCUGCCCCGAGAGCGAAGACAAGUACCGCUGUGUGUCCGACAGCCAGUGCGGGCCUGAGCGCUUCCCGAGUGGGGGGAUCCUCACCGGCCGCUGCGUGAACCUCAGCUCCGAGCUCCGCACCUGCGAGAUCCAGGGCUGGUGCCCUGCCGAGGUGGACACGGUGGAAAGGCCUGUCAUGAUGGAAGCUGAGAACUUCACCAUUUUCAUCAAGAACAGCAUCCGCUUCCCUCUCUUCAACUUUGAGAAGGGGAACCUCCUUCCCAACCUGACCGCCGCCGACAUAAAGACCUGCCGCUUCCACCCUGACAAGGCCCCCUUCUGCCCCAUCCUGCGGGUGGGGGAUGUAGUCAAGUUUGCGGGGCAGGACUUUGCCAAACUGGCCAGCACGGGCGGGGUCCUGGGCAUCAAGAUCGGCUGGGUGUGCGACCUGGACAAGGCCUGGGAGCAGUGCAUCCCCAAGUACUCCUUCACCCGGCUCGACAGUGUUUCUGAAAAGAGCAGCGUCUCCCCAGGCUACAACUUCAGGUUUGCCAAGUACUACAAGCUGGAGAAUGGCAGCGAGUACCGCACGCUCCUGAAGGCCUUUGGCAUCCGCUUCGAUGUGCUGGUGUACGGGAACGCAGGCAAGUUCAACAUCAUCCCCACCAUCAUCAGCUCCGUGGCCGCCUUCACCUCUGUGGGAGUGGGGACUGUCCUCUGUGACAUCAUCCUGCUCAACUUCCUGAAGGGGGCCGACCAAUACAAAGCCAAGAAGUUUGAGGAGGUGAACGAGACGACGCUGAAGGUCGCUGCCUCGGCCAAUCCAGUGUUCCCCAGCGACCAGACCCCAGAGGAGAAGCAGUCCACUGACUCGGGGGCCUUCUCCAUCGGCCACUAG